UACAAAAUAGAAACGGAGAUCUGUAAUUCCGACGAGAAUGAGAUUGAAAUUUCUGGCGGCUCUCGAAGGAAGAGGAAGAGGAAGGUAACAAAGAGGAGAAAGAAGAAGAAGAAAGUUGUAGAAAGAAAUGGUGUUGUGGGAGUUAGCUCUAGGAACAGCCUACUUCUUGGGGCUUAGGCGGACUUACCGGCUCGCAUUGAAGACCCAGCGUCGGAUUGUCAGUGCUAAGCAUCCUAGGAUCCGAAAUUUUAUGCAUCGGAGGACUCAUCAAAUUUUUGAUAUGGCACUUAGGGUCCACAAGAACAUACAACAGAGAGACAUGGAAAUUGGUCGGAAUCUAGGAAACUGGAUUCUCCGGGGGCUUGACCGGAUGAAGCCAUCGGCUCAGGUUCUACUACCAAAACAUACAGAGGCAAACAUAGUCAAGGCAACAAGGGUUUUAGAAUCAACCCGACUCAAACCGCAUGUUAACACGCAGACUCCUCAGAACCGUGAGGUCGAUAGGCACUUGUUCUUGUCCUUGAGGAACUUUCGGUCCAAAUUCCCCACUGCCUCGAUGAUGAUGAUCAAGCCACCAAGACCCAUCGGGACUACCACUCAGUAUAGGCCUUACACUGCUGGUGAAUCCAGUCUGAUUAAACCGAUUUAUGCUAGAGGUGGGUUCGACGGUGUCAUCAGGAAGGACAUUUUGCAGUGGAUGGUGCAAAAGAGAUGAAGCCGCCAAUAUUCAUCAAAGGCCCAUCUGUUUCUUAUAUUACAGCAUACUCGGAAGGAAACACUUCUUUAACUUUUUCACUUAUACGAGUUUUUUUAAUAAUCGGUCUGACUGAUCGGAAAUCUCCUGGAGAACUAAAACGUGUUACUAAUAUUACUUACUUGACUAACACGUCUAUCUGUACUUCAAAAUCACAACUAGAAAAUGUCCUGUGAGAAAUUCUGGGUUCUAGUAAUUAACAAAAAAUCAGGUCUAGUUUCGGGGUUUUUCAA